UCCGGGGCCAUGGCGGCGCUGGUGGCCGUCUGCGGGCGGCUCGGGGGCAGCCGCUGGACGCGCUUCGCCGGGGCUGCAGCGCCCCUCUCCGUGCCCGCCACGCACCAGGUGUUGCGGAGCUGUUCACAGUAUCAGCAGGUAACUGACAAGGAAGACCUGCCCAUUCCAAUGGAAAAUCCUUAUAAGGAGCCUCUGAAAAAAUGUACCUUGUGUGGAAAACGUGUUGAUUAUAAGAAUGUACAGCUUUUGUCACAGUUUAUUUCUCCAUUUACCGGAUGUAUUUAUGGAAGGCACAUAACAGGUCUUUGUGGGAAGAAACAAAAAGAAAUCACAAAAGCUAUCAAAAGAGCGCAAAUCAUGGGGUUUAUGCCAGUUACAUACAAGGACCCUGCAUAUCUCAAAGACCCUAAAGUUUGUAAUAUUAGAUACCGGGAGUAAACGGUUAUCAGCAAAUGUUUUAUAAUAAAGUGGUAUGAUACUAAUAUUGACCCAAAAUCUAAUAUUUAAUAAACUAGAAAAUUAAAAACGUGAAAA